AUGAAGUAUAACCCUGGUUUUGGGUGCAAUGUGGUUGUGGAUGGUAUAGACAGUCCUGAGCCCCCUUUAUUUUUGAGAAUGUUCAUUUGUUUGAGGCCUUUGAGAGAUGGCUUUGCCAAGGGCUGUAGGCCAAUGAUUGGGGUGGAUGUUUGUCACCUCAAGGGUGCAUAUCCUGGGCAAAUCCUGGUGGCAGUAGCUAAGGAUAGGAAUAACAAUCUAUUCCCUCUAGCUUGGGCAACAGUGGAGGCAGAGAAUAAAGAGAGUUGGGGUUGGUUCUUAGAGUCCCUUAUGGAAAUGUUCACACAUGAUCAAGGAGCAGGGCUGACAAUAAUGUCAGACGGACAAAAGGGUCUGCUGGAAGCAAUGGCUGAUGUAGUUCCAAAAGCUGAAAAAAGAUUCUGUGUUAGGCACAUUUGGGAAAACUUCAAGCUCAAAUUCCCUGGGUCAACAUACAAGGAACUGUUUUGGGCAGCAGCUAGAUCAACAACUGAAGUAAAAUUAUCACAAGAGGCAUAUGACUAUUUGGUGAACAUUCCCACCCAGUCUUGGUCAAGACAUGCAUUUUCAUCUAACUGCAAGUCCAACAUGUUGUUAAACAAUGUGUGUGAGACUUUCAAUGCAGUCAUCAGGCCUGCCAGAGAUAAGCCUAUCCUCACCCAAAUGGAAUGGAUGAGGAGGUAUGUAAUGAAUAGGAACAAUGAGAAGUGGGAGGAUUCUAAACAAAUUACAAGCAACCUUACCCCUUAUGUGAGGAAUGUCUUGGCUAGGAUAGAAUUUGUUUCUAGGAAGUGUGUUGUGCAACCAUCAAGAGAUGAAACAUUUGAAGUGCAGUUGAUGGAUGAUCAAGAGUGUGUGGACUUACAAAAGGAAACUUGUACCUGUUAUCAUUGGGAACUAACUGGGAUUCCCUGUGUGCAUGCUUAUUCAUGCAUGAUGGACAUGAGGGGUGACAUAGAGGCAUAUGUGGACCCUUAUUACACCAUGGACUCAUACAGGAAGGCUUAUGAACCAUGUUUCCAACCCAUGCCUGGUCCCAAACACUGGGAGAGAGUGAAUAUGAGGGAACCACAGCCUCCUGCAUUUAAGGUACAGCCUGGAAGACCAAAGAGCAAAAAAAGAAAACUUGAAUCAGGGGAAUGCUCUACUGCAAGUGCACAUCCAAACACAGCAAAGAGGAAGAAACAAUGCAGUAAAUGUGCAGGUUUUGGUCAUUAUGCCAAGACCUGCAAAAACCCUGCUGCACCAGCAACUGAUGAGCCAAGGCCACCAGGCAGACCACCCUCCAAUACUCCUUGGAUGGUGGAGGAGAGGAAGAAGAAAGAAGUCAAAGCUGCCAAAAAGGUAUAA